AUGGCUCAGUACAAGGGCGCCGCGAGCGAGGCGGGCCGCGCCAUGCACCUGAUGAAGAAGCGGGAGAAGCAGCGCGAGCAAAUGGAGCAGAUGAAGCAGCGGAUCGCCGAGGAGAACAUCAUGAAAUCCAACAUUGACAAGAAGUUCUCCGCGCACUACGAUGCCGUGGAGGCCGAGCUCAAGUCCAGCACCGUGGGGCUGGUGACCCUGAAUGACAUGAAGGCCAAGCAGGAGGCCCUGGUGAAGGAGCGGGAGAAGCAGCUGGCCAAGAAGGAGCAGUCCAAGGAGCUGCAGCUGAAGCUGGAGAAGCUGCGCGAGAAGGAGCGCAAAAAGGAGGCCAAGCGGAAGAUCUCCUGCCUGUCCUUCACGGUGGGCGAGGAGGAGGAGGUGAGCGAGGAGCAGGAGGAGGCGGCCCUGGAGGAGGAGGAGCUGGAAAGGGAAGAGAUCGCCUCAAAGAAGAGGAAAUUGGGGAAGAACCCAGAUGUGGACACGAGCUUUUUGCCUGACCGCGACCGCGAGGAGGAGGAGAAUCGGCUCCGGGAAGAGCUGCGGCAGGAGUGGGAAGCCAAGCAGGAGAAGAUCAAGAGUGAGGAGAUCGAGAUCACCUUCAGCUAUUGGGAUGGCUCCGGGCACCGCCGCACAGUCAAGAUGAAAAAAGGCAACACCAUGCAGCAGUUCCUGCAGAAGGCGCUGGAGAUCCUGCGCAAGGACUUCAGCGAGCUCAGGUCAGCGGGGGUGGAGCAGCUCAUGUACAUCAAGGAGGACCUGAUCAUACCCCACCACCACAGCUUCUACGACUUCAUCGUCACCAAGGCGCGAGGGAAGAGCGGCCCUCUCUUUAACUUCGAUGUUCAUGACGACGUGCGGCUGCUGAGUGACGCCACUGUGGAGAAGGACGAGUCACACGCAGGCAAGGUGGUGCUGAGGAGCUGGUACGAGAAGAACAAGCACAUCUUCCCCGCCAGCCGCUGGGAACCCUACGACCCCGAGAAGAAGUGGGACAAGUACACGAUCCGGUGA